AGGAAGUUCGGCUGUGGCCCUUUUUAUGAUUCCAGACUUGGGCAGAGGCGGAUUUCCAGUUUCCAACUCGGAUUUCCAGCACAUGUCACACUUGUUUCUCUAGUGAGUCUGCAGUUUAUUCGGUACUCGGCGUAUCGACUAGCGCUUCGCAACAGAGCUCAGAGUGUUCCAUACACCAUCUCUCUGGAAAAGAAGACACCCACACUGAACGGAAUACUCCCAGUCUUUUCCAUUGCUGGUGCCGAUAUCCGCAAUUUAACAGGUUACUCCACCAGCUUGAUCAUCAAGCUUUUCCAGCCUACAACCACUCCUUUUUUUCCCUUCUCGACACCGGAAUUCUACGUCUUUCCCCCAUCUUCUGCGUCCCUUAAUUCUCUGCUGGCACAGUUCUGUAGGGGUUCAGCAAAGCUGGGGAAAGGAAAGGUCCCUCAGAGUGGGGAGUGUGCGAGAGAGCAAGGGAGCCCGGUUGAUUCACUCAAACGAACAGAAGUUAUCCGACGCACAUUUUGAUUAUGUCCCGCACUCCGAUAUCUCCUCGGCCCAACUCUAACCCUCGUGUCCCCCCCUCUUCCGCUGCAUUCCUUCAGCACCUCCACAGCGACCCUUCAUCUCACCAUAUCACCCUUUCGGGCCAUCGUGUAUCUGGCCUUUCUCUAUCCCCGCAAUCACUCACAGGGGAAGGGGAUCUUUUGGAUAUUAAUGGCACUUCGGAACCUUCAAUUAGCCCUUCCCUCCACUCGCAUCUUUCCCCAGUAUCUUCGGGCACGAGUUCUGGACCGUCUCCUUUAGGAAGCGUCGGCAGAGCACCUUCAAAACGUGCAAGACCCAAAACGGCUCCAUCAAGAAACGAUGAAUGGCCCCUGGGAAGAAGCUACGAGACAAGUCCUGAUCUUCCGCCUCUCAUUCCACCACAAGCAGAUGAGCAUUUACGUUCAAGUCCGGUUGGAGACCUCUGUACCAAUGCCAUGACGAUGGAUGAGGGAUUGGUCGAUGCUAUGGAGGCGCUCUCAACUUCAGGAGAGCCAAAAUCGUAUUUGAUAGGUCGGUCAGAGUCUCUGGCCGGGACGGCAGAGUCACACACGGGGCCUUCCAAGCCUUCUCCUGCAAGUAUGAAUUGGUCGACCUUUGCACAAGCGUAUGCCCACGGCUUGUUUGAUCCCAAUAGGGUCCCUAAUCCUCCAACACCGAAUGAGACUCCUACGGAAUUCCAGUCUGCCCGAUCAUCUCCCGGCCAAAAAUACUCUUCACUUCCCCUCAACCACAAAUACUCAAUGCCUACUGUCCCACAUAAUCGUAGCGGAAGUAGCUCCGAGAAUUAUAGUUCCAAAAGUUCAAAAGACUCGGUAUCCACGAACGCGAGUUCAGCACCCUCAACCUCAAGCGCGUCGGCGAGUGGAAAGCAGAUGUCCAUGGCGGCAUCGCUUGCUGCAAGGAAGAAAGCUUACGAACUAGAGAAUAUCCGUAGUAAGCCAAGUGGCCUGGCGUUAAAUACCGACAAGCUUUCUCUUCCUUCGUAUUCUCUAGCCGCCGCCACAGUACGCAUGGCGUCAACCAGUAUCCUCAAUGAUCUUGCGCCUUUGUCUAUGCCUAGUCCUGAGCGUGAACUCACUGACCCACUAGCUUCUGUUGUAUCUUUCGACUCCUCAAGUACAAAGAAGGAUAGUGCCCGCUCCGACCCUGGAUCGUCAAGGUUUCCUUUGCACCACAGCGUAUCGAGUGCGGCGAACCCAUACACAUCUAGCUUGCGAUUACCUACUAUUCAAGCAAGCCCCGUGACGACACCCCUUGAAGGCCCACAUAGGCCGAAAGGUAAAGAUAGGUCUCCACCGCGAGCACGCCAUGGCAUAGUUAAUAGCCGCAUUCCCUCCGCUUCUGCGCCUCUAGAGAAGACUGCUGAAGCAGAAUCGUCAACAGAUUAUUUUGGAGCCGUUGCGGUCGCUGCUGUUUCUCCGCAAGAGACUGAUUCUUCAUCCACAGCGACUGAUCCCACUCCCACAGGCCCAUCUUUGGAACUGCGGAAGACUACACCUCUCAGGUCCAACUCUGUAGUUCCCGAACCUUCUCCACGGCAACAAAAAGACCCUUUGCCGCCCUUGGUUACCCCUUCAGAUCUCAAUCGUAUCUACGAUCAGUAUGGCUGGCUGCCGGCUCCUUUACCCCCUGACGAAGCAGCGAGGCGAAGAGCUCUGUACAGAUUUAGCAUCCUGCAUAGCGCUCCAGAUAUCAACUUCAACCGCAUAGCACAUAUGACUAAACUAGUCUUUAACCCCAAAGCUGUUCUCAUCACCUUGAUAGACAGUGAUACACAAUGGUUCAAGUCUCAAAGCGGUUUCACUGUGGAGCAAGGGGGAAGAAUAUCUAGCUUCUGCGCUCAUACGAUUUUACCAAGAACCGAUGAACCCUUUGUCGUACUGGAUACGUCGUCGGACUGGCGAUUCGAAAAUAACCCCAACGUUGUUGGACCAAAUUCCAUCCGCUUCUAUGCAGGCGCACCUUUGCGAACAGCGGAUGGGUUCAACGUUGGCGCAUUGUGUAUUUUGGAUGACAAGCCACGUACAGAGUUUCCCCCACGGUCACGUUUGAUCCUUAAGGAAUUUGCUGCCGUUACUAUGAGAGAGAUGGAACUAUGGCGAGAUAAGCUUCAAUUGCGAGUUCGGGACAAGAUUCAAACAAGUAUGGAAAAGUUCACUCGUGAGUGCUUGGAGAUGGAUAGCGCCUCGCCCACUUCCGAUGCGGAAACGGUCAACAAAAUGGAGCAUGUCUACUCGCGCGCUGCACAACUUGUCUGUUCCACCAUUGGUUUAGACGGGUGCUUUAUUCUGGACAUCUCCCAGAUUGAAAUGGUACAAACAAAUACUCCGACCGGCAAGAAGUCGACCUAUCGGGCCAACCCAUAUGGUGCGGCUGAGAAUACUUCGCCAGUGCUGGAACGAAGCGAAUCGUUUGGACCAGUCAACCCCUUUCCAGUCCUUGCGGCUGUCCCCACAGCAAAAAGCACUCGCGCCCUUACACCAUACGAACACGAGAAGCUUUCAGACUUCAUGCAAAAUCAUCAUGAUGGCCGAAUCUUUGAAGGUGCAGCGCCUCAGUGGAUUAGGUAUAUGUUCCCUCAGUCGUUCCGCUACGGUAUGGCCGUUCCGAUCUAUGGUGUGGAUCAGCAGCCAUUUGCGAUGAUUUGUGCGUAUACAGCCAACCCGGAAAAACAAUUCUUGGAAGGAUACGAAUUGCAGUUCUUGCGUGCAAUUGGUGUCAUCAUUUUGUCAGCAGUCCUCAGAAGGCGCAUGGCGCUAGCUGACAAGACGAAAAGCAUCCUUAUCUCUUCAGUCAGUCACGAACUUCGUACGCCUCUGCAUGGUAUUCUUGCAGCUGCGGAGCUUCUCAGCGAUACCCAGCUUGACUCCAACCAACUCUCUUUUCUCAAAACUGUUCAAACAUGCGGCAACUCACUUAUUGAAACAGUCAAUCAUGUCCUCGAUUUUACAAAAUUGAGUGGUACCCAGAGCUGUAAGGGUUCUCCUUCGGACUUGGGCAAAGUAAACUUGGCUGCGUUAGUGGAGCAGACCGUGGAGGGAUGCUGGAUAGGCCAGCGAGCGAGAUUUUUCAUGGGCGACUCAGAUAUCGGAAGCUUCUAUGCUCCACCUGCACCAACGAGUAUCGUACCCAAGUCAAAGCGGGCGCUGGUGGGAGAGGAACUAUCGCAUGUGGAAACGGUUGUAGACAUAGACAUGCGGGAGAAGGGCUGGAUGGUGCGUUGCGAAAAGGGCGGAUUGCGGCGAGUCUUGAUGAACCUCGUGGGGAAUUCUUUCAAGUUCACCAAGAAUGGUUACAUUCAGGUCUCCUUACGUGAAAUGCCUCACGAGCCAGGGUCGAAAACGAUCCCAGUGGAGAUGACUGUCGUCGAUACUGGCAAAGGUAUUGGCAAAGAUUUCCUCAAAGAUCAGCUAUUCCAUCCCUUCUCGCAAGAAAAUCCGCUGCAGACAGGUACAGGCCUUGGGCUGGCAAUCGUCAAUACGAUCGUCCGGUCGGAUAGCGUCAACGGGAAAGUUGAUGUGUGGUCUGCCGAGGGUGUCGGAACCGAGAUCAAAGUCACGUUUGAUGUAGAAGUGGUUGACGACGACGAUGGACAACCAUCAAUAUCCUCCAGUUCAUCUGUUGUAUCAGCCACUUCUACCUUCGGACAUGGCUUGUCAGUUUCAUUUGUUGGUUUUAACCCGAAGCACCAGGGCCACAUGCUUUCCUGCGAGGUUUUCACUCGCUAUGUAAAUUACUGGUAUUUCAGCAUCGAAGAUCAGCAACGUGCAGACAUCCUCAUCGUGAACGAGCUUGAAGAGCUUGUAAAUCACCCGAUGGCGGCUCAGAAACCUAUUCUUCUUCUCUCUGUACAGAGAGGUUUUGAAUCUACUGCCCUUGCUGAGAAAAUCAAUCGUGGCGGAGGUUUCUGUCAAGUUGUCUAUAAGCCAGUCGGUCCUAGUGCUCUUCAGAAGGCACUGAAUGCUGCUGUUCACUGGAUUGAGGAGCGUGAUUCGUCAGACAAAUCAGAUAUUUUGGGUGGGAACGUUACUGGCAUAAACCUUGAAGGUAACUCUUAUCGCCCUUCGAUCUCGCGUGGUUCUUCAGGUGAAAGCCACGAAUCACACUCCACUAUCAGCGAGCUCUCAAAUGCUCGGUUCAAUCAACAGAGCAGCAUCAAUUCACGUCUUCCUCUUCAACGCCGCAGAUCUGAGGAGAAUGAACAGGCACCCAGACGACCGAGUAUGGCGCCACGAGGGAUGACGUAUCAUUCAAGUAGAAAAAUGCAACGUAGCAGCAACGAUUCGGCUGGCUCGACACCUUCGCAGGUGCCACCAUCACCUACAUCAUCAAUCCCAACCAUUCCUCUAGCGGAUGGCGGUGUCAUGCUCAAGGCAGCAACGGUAUCAGCGGAGGCGCCUAGGAAAGAAAAAAUGGGCAGGGUGAUGGUCGUCGAAGACAACGUAAUCAAUCGUAGGGUUCUGGGGGCGUUUCUGAAAAAGAGGGGUUUUGAAUAUGCAGAGGCAGUGGAUGGACAGGCAGGUGUGGAGCUCUUUGAGAACGCACCUCCUAAUUACUGGGACGUCAUCCUUAUGGAUAUAUCGAUGCCAAUCAUGAACGGCCAUCAAGCUACCCGUGCCAUCCGACGUAUUGAAGCGACACGCAGGAACAGUCUGUCUGAUAUACCGAUAGUGCCGCCGCCGGGUAAACCGGUGACCAUUUCGUCGCAGAAAGCGGUGCAAGCACGAGUCAAAAUAUUCGCAUUGACAGGGUUGGCGACCCCAGAUGACAAGAGAGAGGCAUUUUGGAGUGGCGUUGAUGGAUAUCUGGUGAAACCUGUAUCGCUGUCGAGUUUAGAUAUAAUCUUUAAGAAGAUUGGAUUUUGAAAGUCAUGACUUUAUACCACUAAUUGCAAGAUUAAUUCCGUCUGACACUUUCUAUCGUUGGUCUAUUAGCAUCGUAUGUUUGUACUACGGAGUAGCGGGAGGCUGUUACCGAAAGUAGUGAAUCUGCAUAUCCCGGUGUUUUAUUUCUUCCCUUUUCCCUUUCGAGAAUAUAGAGUUACAGUGACAUAUACCGGAGUAAUGCAGAUAUCUAAACUG